AUGAGUGUUCGUAGAGUUUAAUCAGCAGUAGCUUCAAGUAAAUAAACCACAGCAGUGAUUCCACUUUCAGAGUUAAAGAGAAUGCAAGAUCAUAUUACAGUAUAUCAUCAAGAUACUCCAGAGAAAUUUGAAUUGUAUUAAUAACUGUUCACAUAAGGCAUAAAUUAUCGUAGGAUCGUGUAAAGAAUUGGAAUAAUACUUUAAAAUAGAACAAGGUUUAGAAGGAUAGAACCAAGUAUUCAAUUUGUAAAUCUUAUUUAAGGUUUGAACGUUUCAAGUAAGAUGAAGAAGAAAGGAGAAAAAUAGAUGAGGAUGAGCGUAGAUAUUAGGCACUUGUGAAAUAAUAAAUCUUAGAAAAAGCUAAUAAAUAAAUCUAUGAGAAUAAUGAACGUAUUAGAUAGUUUCAAUCUAAAAUGCUUGUUGUAGAUGCACUUUAAGAAAGAGAAGGAUAAAAAUAAAUUAAAGAAAUGUAGAAACUCUUAGAAAAAGAAAGAGAAAAGGUCUAAUAUGAAUAAAUGUUGGAAUUAUAGGCUGAAAAAGAUUUUUUAGAAAAGAAGAAAUAGUAAGAAUUACAAGAGAAAAAAAAAUAACAACAUGAUAUGCUUAAGAAAUAGCAUGAUAUUAUGAGAGUAAUGUUUGUUAAAUUUAGAAUAGGAUAAAUUUAUAAAAUAAGUUCAAGAAGAAAAGAUUGAAGGAGAAUUAAUGAAGGCUAAAGUAUUGGCAGAUUUAGAAGAAGAAUAAAGAAUUGCUAAAUAAAAGAAAGAUAAAAUCAUGGAGAAUUAAUAAUUAUUAAUUUAAGGAAAUGAAAUAUUGAAGAAGCAAAGAGAAAUAGAAAAAUAGAAAUUAUUAGAAGAAGAAAAAAAAAUUGAAGAACAUGCUAAAAAGAAGGAAAGAGUAUUAGAAAUUAGAAAAAUUAGAGAUGAAUAAAGAAAAGCAGAAAAAUAAGCAUAAAGAUAAAAAUUAAUUGAUGCUUAAACUGAAAAAUUAAAAAAAUAAAAAGAAGAAUAAGAAAAAUUAUUAAAUAAAAAUAUUAUAGAAGCUGAGAUUAAAGCAGAAGAAGUUGAAAAAAUGAAAAAAGAGUAGAGACGUAAAUUAUAAAGUGCAAUAAGUUAUAGUCAUAAAGUUAAAAUGGAAGUUAAAUAAUAAUAAGAAGAAGAAGAAAAAAGAUUAAAUUAAGAAUUCUAAUAAUAUUGGAUUAAUAGAAAUAAAGAAUUACAUGAAUAAGAAUUAAGAGAGAAAAUGGAAAUUAGAAAAAAAAAUUAAGAAUUAAAAGAUUUUCAUCAUUAAUAAGAAAAUGAAAGAAAUCAAAAAAGAACUUAAGAAAUUAUGAAAAAUUUUGAUGAAAAAGAUAAGUGUUUAGCAAGAUUAGAUAAUCAAGAUAAAGAAUUUGAUGAAUGGGCUUCUUAAAUGGUUAAAAAAUAUUAAGCAGAAGGUAAAAACACAGAUAUUUUGUUAAAGGAACUCAAGUAAUUCAAAUAUAAAUGA